ACUGUGGAUUUACAUACCCUGAUUUCCGUGGGACUGGGAAGCGAAAGAGGAGGGUGCUGGGUCUUUCAGGAACUGAGGAAACAAGCACAAGCAGGGUUAUUUAACAAAUUCACAACUUUAUAGACACGUUGGCGACCCUUAAAAUCGUCGGAAUAAGGUUCACGCUACUUUUCUGUGCUUGUUUUGGAUCUCCACGGUGCUCUCGCUGGAUUAUUUCCCUAAAGUCUGGAGGAGGGCUACGAGUUUUUCGGAGAAGCCUGGAAGCAGUUUGAGGUUUGAAGGGCUGUGGCCAUGGCCGGGGGUGGUGGAGGUGGAGGAGGCGGAGGGGUUUCUCCAUUGGGGCCAGCACCGCCGAUGUGGUAUCACCGGGACCUGAGUCGCGCGGCGGCCGAGGAGCUGCUGGCCCGGGCCGGGAGGGACGGCAGCUUCCUGGUGCGGGACAGUGAGAGUGUCAACGGGGCUUACGCUUUGUGUGUACUGUUUCAGAAGCACGUCCACACAUACAGAGUCCUCCCAGACGAUGAAGGAUUUCUGGCUGUUCAGACGUCUCAGGGUGUGCAGCCUAAGCGGUUUAAGACGUUACCAGAUUUGGUGUCGUUGUACCUGCAGCCCAGCCAGGGUCUGGUCACCACGCUGCUAUACACUGUGGACAGAGAGGAAACAGCUGUCAGCGACGACAGGGACUACUCAGAUGGGGAGGAUGAGAAGCCACCCCUCCCCCCUCGCUCUGCCUCCACCUCCACUCCCCCUGGUCCAGACACACCCACAGAGAGCACUCCAGCAGCUAAUGGCCUGAGCACCAUUUCCCACGAGUACCUGAAAGGCAGCUAUGCUCUGGACCUGGAGGCAGUCAAACAGGGAGCCUCCUCUCUGCCUCACCUCAACAAGACUCUAGUUUCCUCAUGCAAACGCCUUAAUGGGGAGGUGGAUAAGGUUCUGUCUGGCCUGGAGAUCCUGUCUAAAGUGUUUGAUCAGCAGAGUGCUUUCAUGGUGUCCAAGAUGAUCCAGCAGUCGGUGAAUCAGGGUGGAGACCAGGAGUUGGAGAACCUUGUGACCAAGCUAGCAAUCCUCAAAGACCUGCUGUCAUCCAUAGAGAAGAAGGCUCUGAAAGCUCUGCAGGACAUGAGUCUGUCCUCUCCAUGCUCCCUUCCUCCUCUCUCCAUGCGUCACAGCAAAGCCAUCCCUGUGCAGGCUUUCGAGGUAAAGCUGGAUGUCUACCUGGCGGAGCUGACAAAGAUAGGAAAGAGUCAGAAGUACACUCUGUCUGUGGACGUGGAGGGAGGACGGCUGGUAGUGAUGAAGAAGGUGAAGGACAGCCAGGAGGACUGGACCACCUUCACACAUGACAAAAUCCGUCAGCUGAUCAAGUCUCAGCGUGUGCAGAAUAAACUGGGCAUUGUUUUUGAGAAGGAGAAGGACAAGAGCCAGAGGAAAGACUUCAUCUUUGCCAGUGCCAAGAAGCGGGAGGCAUUUUGCCAGCUGCUGCAGCUGAUGAAGAACAAACAUUCCAACCAAGACGAGCCAGACAUGAUUUCCAUCUUCAUUGGCACCUGGAAUAUGGGCUCAGUGCCCGCUCCGAAGUCUCAGGCCUCGUGGGUGUUGUGUCGCGGCCUCGGGAAGACUCUAGACGAGAUGACGGUCACCAUCCCUCAUGACCUUUAUGUGUUUGGAAGCCAAGAAAACUCUGUGUGUGAUCGGGAGUGGGUGGAGUCGCUGCGUGCCUUAUUGAAAGAACAGACGGAACUGGAUUAUAAACCGAUCGCAGUGCAAACUCUGUGGAACAUAAAAAUUGCUGUGUUGGUGAAACCGGAACACGAGAACCGGAUCAGCCACGUGGGAAUGUCCAGUGUCAAGACCGGCAUCGCCAACACAUUGGGGAACAAAGGAGCUGUGGGCGUGUCCUUUAUGUUCAAUGGGACAUCUUUUGGCUUUGUGAACUGUCACCUGACAUCAGGGAAUGAGAAGAUUGCCAGGAGGAACCAGAACUACCUAGAUAUCCUACGCCUGCUGUCGCUAGGAGACAAACAGCUGAGCUCCUUCGAUAUCUCACUGCGCUUUACACACCUCUUCUGGCUGGGAGACCUCAACUACAGGCUGGAUAUGGACAUACAGGAGAUUUUAAACUACAUUAACAGGAAGGAGUUUGAGCCCCUGCUGAAGGUGGACCAGCUCAACCUGGAGAGGGAGAAGAACAAAGUAUUUUUACGCUUUGGGGAAGAAGAGAUCUCGUUCCCGCCCACCUACCGUUACGAACGUGGCUCAAGGGACACGUAUGUGUGGCAGAAGCAGAAGGCCACUGGGAUGAGGACUAAUGUUCCAUCCUGGUGUGACAGGAUCCUGUGGAAGUCUUACCCAGAAACACACAUUGUCUGCAACUCCUAUGGAUGUACGGAUGAUAUAGUGACCAGUGAUCAUUCCCCUGUGUUCGGCACCUUCGAGGUGGGGGUGACGUCCCAGUUUGUCUCCAAGAAAGGUCUACCAAAGUCUUCAGAGCAGGCCUACAUUGAGUUUGAGAGCAUCGAGGCCAUAGUGAAAACGGCGAGCAGAACCAAGUUUUUCAUCGAAUUCUACUCCACUUGUCUGGAAGAGUUUAAGAAGAGUUAUGAGAACGACAGUCAGAGCAGCGACAACGUCAACUUCCUGCGUGUGGGCUGGUCCAACAAGCAGCUGACGACGCUCAAACCUCUUCUCUCAGAGGUGGAGUACCUGCAGGACCAACACCUGCUGCUCACUGUGAAAUCCCUGGACGGAUACGAGUCCUACGGAGAGUGUGUGUUGGCUCUGAAGUCUAUGAUUGGCAGCACACCACAGCAGUUCCACACCUACCUGUCCCACCGUGGAGAGGAAACAGGAAACAUCAGGGGGUUAAUGCGGGUCAGAGUCCCCUCUGAAAGGAUGGGAACCAGGGAGAGACUCUAUGAGUGGAUCAGUGUGGACAAGGAUGAGACGGGUGCACCCAAAGGGAAAUCCACUUUGGCAUCCAGAGUGGGACAUGAAUACAUAAAGCCGUCUGCGGUCCGUAAACAGCUAGGAGAGCUGGGAAAAGUCAGUGAGGAGGGAGAAAGGAGCAUCAAGGAGGAAACUGCUGCUAGGCCUAAACAGGAAGGAACCGACGGGGAUCCAUCCGUCUGCAAGAACAGCUACAAUAACCCCGCCUACUACAUCCUGGAGGGCGUUCCUAAUCAGUCGGCCGCCGCUCUUUCAGCCGAGCUUCUUCCAUCUCCUACCUCCUCAAACCCCCAGGUGACUAAAGCCCCUAUUCCCUCAGCUGGAGCUCGAACCAAGCCCCCCUUUGUGGCCUCGGGGCCCUCUCACACACGCAGACCCACCACAGGGCACCCGGUCCGCGCUAUAAGCGAGGAGGGGUCAUCAGAGGACGAUGGGGGGGCCUGUGUAGCAGCAGCGCAGGGGGUGAAUGUCGGGACAACAGUUGGAAGCACGCUGAACCGCCCCCCUCCUGACUUCCCCCCUCCUCCUCUUCCUAAGGGGGCCGUGGAGAUGGUGGCAGAGACCCCCUUCUCCAUACAUCGCGCUCUUUACCCAGAUCUAGCCGAGGUCAGGAUCCCAGCAGCCAGUCCUGCAGCCCCGCUGGCACUCGGGGAGGGUUUCAGACGAGGAGGGGGAGGAGGAGGGGGAGGGGGAGGUUCGGGGGCGUUGGACGACCAGUCGUGUUCGGUGCUCCAGAUGGCAAAGACACUGAGUGAGAGUGAGUUUUCUGGGCACCCUCCACGCGCUCCGUCUGCGCCGCCGCUCAGAGGGCAUCCGAUGGGAUUAAAUCUGGACGCCUGCAGAACUUUCCCGCCCAGGAAUGCCAUCACAGAGAGUAUCGCAGAGGAUAUGCCAGAGGAGGCACUUUGGGGCAGCAGUAGCUCGUCUCUGUCUGUCGGGGAAUCCUCCGUGGCAGAGUGGCUGCAGAGACUGGGACUAGAGAGGUAUGAGAAGGGCCUCCUACACAACGGCUGGGACGACCUGGAGUUCCUCAGUGAUAUCACUGAGGAGGACCUUGAGGAGGCGGGAGUGCUCGACCCUGCCCACAAGAGGAUCCUGCUGGAGAGCCUGAGGCAGCAGCAGCCUCCGAAAUAAACUGUUUCAAACCGGCCUGUUUCACCGGGUCCCAGGAGGCUCAGCUGAACUGAACUAAACUGAACUAAACUGAACUGAACUGAACUGAACUGAACUGAGCUGGAACGUGCCAAUUAAUGCCAGACUGUGCCUUCUGAGAGAAAUUGCACUCCCAUUUGAAAUUUCAAAAAAACACUUGUAGAGUUACCAUCUUUAUUUUCCACUUGUACUGUAUGUGUGUCGUCGUAGAGGUGGCCUUAUUUAAUGAGAAUCAUUUCAGUCCUUCCAGCGUCACUACAUAACCCUCUUCUUGAAACCUCGUGAGAAGAUGCAGGGUGAGAAAUAUAAUUUGUUAGUGACUCAUGUUUAAAGCAGCUGCUGCCUUGAUGUUGUGCCAUCACUUCUAACCUGCAGCUGAAGCUGGCGUUAAAGCUUGUUUGUGUUGCCCUGAGAAACGUUCAUUUACAGAGUCUGCUGAGUUUAAGACUCCUUGAUAUGGGAAAUGAAAAUAGGGCUUUUUGGAGGAAAACCAGAGCUUUUUUCCCCACAAACGGUCAUAUGUGGGAAAUUGUGAGAUAGCACUCAAGGGUAAUGUUGGCGUUUAGCUCGCGUAGAGGAACACUUGGGACAGGAAGUGGUGACAAAAGAGGAGCUAGCCUUCACUCAUGUCAGACUAAAGCUCGCUCAACUUGCAUUUCUCAAAUGUUGUACUUUUGUGUUAACGUUUGGGCCAUUGUUGUUUAAAUAAUGGCAUUUAUUGUCUCAGUGUCUCUGCAUGUAUUUAUGGUUUUAUGUUUUUUUUUUGUUUAAUGAUAAAGGGAAUAUGGAGCAAACCAACCAAACCGGUCCUGGGAGAGCUAAAAGGUUAUUUUUCCCCAGGGUACAACAUUUAAGUGCCUGUGUUAGCCAUUAGCCACCCCAGUGUGUGAUUUGUUCACACUCAACACUGACAUUUCAUAUUUUUUAUCUGAAUUUUGCAGAUUUUGACAAGUUUAGAAACAGUGUUUGUUUGAUCAUCUAAAAAAUCUACUUAGGCUACAAAAGUGUACAUAAGGUAACAAAUGUUGUACCAAAAUGAAAUAUCCUUGAAAAUGCUUGACCUAGCUCACACUUUAAUUGUCUGUACAUUUCAAUUUACAGAAGAAGACAUUUUGGAAACUAAGGACCCAGGUUUGAUGGGCUAAAUGUCACAUAUUUCACUAAUUUUUUUAAAUGAAGCAGUUUUCAGGGAAUUGGUUACCUUAGCCAAAUAGAUUACUUCUAACUACUAAUGAUUACUAUACAAAUAAUGUACUAAGCAAUCAUAUUUCCAUUUCUAAAAAGGAAGAUAUUUGUCAUGAAACAUAAUUGCCUGUAAAACAGUCUAAAUAUAUUUGUCUUUUGCUGAUUUAAUUUGGCUCUUUUGUUACAUUACUACAGACACAGACUAAUGUAGGGUCAUUAGAUAUGUUUCUACUCUUCGGAGAUUUCACCUCAUAAUACGUUAAAAACUGAAAUGUCAGAUUUCUGCAGGACGCAGGUGGCUGUUGUUCCCUGAUGUGCCCAGCAGGUGGUGCUGCUACUCUAUAAACACCAUCAGUAGGUCUGAUGCUUACUGUGGAAACUGGGAAAAUAGGACAGAACUAAGUCAUCUUCAGUGAAUGGUUCGUUUGUUUGUUUAUAAAUGUUUCCUGUGCAGUUACAAUCAUAGAGCUAACAUACCAGUUAGUGUUCACGUUGCCUUGUUUUGUUCUUAAUUUAAAUCCUGCCUCUUUUCUUCCUGUGAAGCCAGUUUGUUUUAAGAGAUGCUGAGAACUCUAAACUCUUUUUCCUAAUUUGGACUAAAUAUGUGAUUGUAGCAGUUUGUAUUCAUGUCUGUUUCUCCUAUUUCUUUGUGACCCAACGACAUCCUUUAAUUAUGUUGCCCACAUACAGCCUUACAAGUCUCAGCCACGGGUGUUAUGUGUUGCACACCUUGUCUAAUUUUCUAACAGUCAAACAACCGUAAUGCAGAGAAUGUGGUUUAGUCUUGUUAAAUCUGAUGUCUUUUCAAGCCCCUUGGCUUCUCAGUGUUCUCUGUUAUGUGUGAGGGUGUGUGUGUGUGUGUGUGUGUGUUUGUAUUUGCGUAUGAGUGAAAAAGACGCCCCAUUGUUUUCUUUGACUUACUUUUUCUUGUUAUUUCAUGUAGUCACCUCUUUUUUGUAAUGUUAAGUUAAUGUUUUGUUUGCCCAUGUCUUUUUUUUUUUCAAUUAAAAUCUAAUAUCUUAA